UAAACGAUCAAACGCAGAAAAACAAAGGGAUUUUCUGUGGUGUUUUUUUUUAAUCAACUGUUUUAUUUACUGCUGCUGUCUGCGCUGGUGCUGGAUUAUUAUUAUUAUUAGUGUUAUUAGAUUGUAGCCACAACACUUUACCACCAAAUCGGUUUACGCAUGACGCAUUUAGUGGAAGUUGUAAUGAUCCACAACGCGACCUGGUGAUGACGCUUCUCCCGUAGCGGUGACUUGUGGGCAGGCCCUCGGUCCUCCCUGGCUUUAAUCUCACUCUAUACUGUAACCCGGGUAGGAAAAUGGCUGCUCCGGGAGCUCCAGCGGGUCUUCCUCCGGGUCUCAGUCCCAGCUUUGCCGUCGUCUGCUCGUUUAUAGAGCGAUACGGUGCUGCUCUGGACCUCCCAGAAAUGACUUUCCCCCAGAUGGAGGGAUACUUACAGGAUACAUCAUCAGUUCCACAGCCUCUUGUUGAGCUCCAUGUCAAGUUACUUCGCAAACUUGGCAAGUCAGUGACAUCAGACAGAUGGGAGAAGUAUCUUGUUAAGGCGUGUCAGGAGUUCAACAGUACGUGGGCAUGGGAGCUGGAGAGGAAAGGAUACCCGGAAAUGUCCACGGAGUGCAAGGCCGACAUCCUUAAGUAUUUGUGUGAAAGCCAGUUUGAUGACAACCUCAAGUUUAAGAUGGCAGUGAACGAGGAAGACCCAGAGAAGAUGCGCCUGCAGCCGAUCGGCAGAGAUAAUGAAGGGCUCCUGUACUGGUUCCAACUGGACCAAGACCAGAACAUUCGGCUCUACGUUGAGGAGCAGGACGAUCUGGAUGGGUCAUCAUGGAGGUGUAUUGUCAGGAAUAGGAACGAGCUGGCAGACGUUUUGGAGCUCCUUAAAACUAAGGUGGAACCAGCCAUGACGGACGAGGACCGACACGAUGGUACUUCUGGCAUCCCAGGAGAUGAGAAACCCUGUGGAGGUGAACUUAAAGCAAUGAACAAGGCGGAUAAAGUGGAGUGUGCCUCAGAGGAAGAAAGCAAGCCAAUUACUUAUAGUGUAAAUGUAAAUUCGGACCGAUCUCUCAAAGAAGAAAGUCAGAUCGUGUGUGAAAUGAAAAGAAAAGGUUCUGUCGGACCACUUAAACUGGAACAAGAGCGAAAGGAAGAGCUGGAGCUGAAAGCGCUUGGCACCGAAACACCAAAAUUGGACCAGACUCCUGUUAUAGACAACAGAGUGAGCACAAUUAAGAGCCUCAUCAAGGACGAGUCGAGAGAUACACCUCGACACUGGAACGCCAUUUCGGUCGUCAUGGCACCCGGUUCCAUCAAACAAGAGCUUCCAGAAAAGACAGAUUCCUGUAAGGACAAAAAAGAGAAAACGCCAGAAGAUUUCGAGAGAGCCAUGAAAAGUGACCAGCAGGCUAAGAUACCACUGAAAAAGAGGGAGCUGAAAAGAAGUGAAGGCUACGACAACAGUCAUUACAGCCACGUAAACAAUAACAACAACAGCAAUGGCAGUGUUUCUGUGGGUGGGAUAAUUGUACGCAACCCAGCAGCAUUGGAGCAUACUGGAGAAAAAAAAAUUGCAGCAUCUCCAAUUCUUGGAGAAAAUUCACAGGCAAAGGAAAGCACUGAAUCUGCCCAGGACAGGGCUCUAGCUCCGAAUAAAAGAGAACAGUAUGUAGGUUUCGGAGUGAUAAUGGGUCCGAUUGAGAGAAAGCAGACUGUUCCUUUGCCUGAUGGUUUAGGAAAUUCCACAAAGCCUAGAAACGGACUGCACGAAGAUCGUGACAUGAAGAGCUUUAAGACUGAGGCGGCACAUGCCGAGAGCAUACGGCAGUCAGUGUUAGUUAGAAAGCCAAGUAUUUCCCCGGCCACUCAUCAUCUGAGCAUGAGCGAAGAGAUGACACUUAGAGUUGAGCACGCAGAGAGUGACGCCAAAGUAAAGGCUCUCGGAGCAGAUGCUAAAGGGCGAGCUGCAUUGUUGUUAGCUUUACCCACAGACGGAGAAAAUCCUAUAGAGUGUAGUGACGGGAAGUCGGUUAUUAGGUCUAGGACUGAGCAGGAAAUGGUAGCAAAGCUAGAAGAGGCGUGUAGUACGGAAGAGCUGGCUGGAAGCAGAAAGGCUAAAGCGACAAAGAUCCCUGAUGGAGGGACAGGUGACCUCACCGGCGUCCAAGCCGCAGACGAAAACAACAGCAAAGGAUUUAAAAGUUCCAAAAAAAGACGGUCCGAUAAAGCGAAGCUCAAGUUGCAGAGCGGGGAGGAUUGGAAUAAACUCGAAGACGAGGAAGUGUCCUCAGAGCUUCAGAAAGAAGGCAUUCGUCUCAAGAUCAAGAUCCCGCUCCACAGGCGAACUCCAGAGCUCCGCAGGUCGGCCAGAAUCUGCAAGCCCAGUCCCAAGCUGGCAGAGAUACAGGAGCGGAAACAUACGGUGCCCUCUGCUGCACGGGAAGCAGAAGAGCACGUGGAGCAGGAAGAGGAGCGAGCGCUUCACAAGACAGACCUGCACAAGAAAAUCAAUUCAGAUGGACAAAUCAAAUCCAUUAAGGGGAAACGUAGACACAGACGGCCUCGCUGGUCGAAACCUUCAAAAAUUCGCAAAAUCGUAGCCAUUCCAGGAGGUGACGCAGCGUGUGAGAGCAAAUCUGAGAGAGAUGAGAAGAGUGAGUUGGAUUCACAGCACUCAGAAGAAGCUCCACCUGAAGAUGCCUGUAAACACUGCGGCCUCAUCAACCAUCCUGAACUGAUUUUGCUCUGCGACCGGUGCGACAGCGGCUACCACACGGCCUGCCUGCGACCUCCUCUGAUGAUCAUUCCUGAUGGAGAGUGGUUCUGCCCUCCAUGUCAGCAUAAGUUGCUGUGUGAGAGGCUGGAGGAACAGCUGCAGAACCUGGACACGGCCCUGAAGAAACGGGAACGAGCCGAGAGGAGGCGUGAGCGCUUGGUUUAUGUGGGAAUCAGCGUGGAGAACAUCAUACCCAAUCCAGAUGCUGAUGCAGAGGAUGAAAAACAAGAGAAAAAAAAAGGUGCAAAGAAGUGUAAGAACCUGGAGAGGAGAUCCACACGAAAGAGAAAGUCCAUUAGUUACAGGUUUGACGACUUUGAUGAAGCCAUCGAUGAAGCAAUAGAGGAAGAUGUCCAGAAUUCGGAUGGUGGAGAUGUGGGUCUCGGUAAGGAUAUGGCGGAUAUCACAGACCAGGAAGAGAAAGAGGAAGCCAAAGAGAUCCGAAAGCCUGUGAAAAUCCCUGCUCCAUGCAAGAGGAAACGCCGCCGGAGACUUAACGAUUUAGACAGCGAAAGUACACUGGAUGAGGAGGAGAGCGAGGAUGAGUUUCAGAUCAGUGACAGUAUGGAGGAGGAUGAGUUUGUGGUGUCAGGGGACGAUGGAGGCAGCGAUGCUGAUGCUGCAUCCUGGGAUGGGAGUGAGAGAGGCAGCAUCACCAGCAGUGUAGAGCGUCUGCCUCCAACCAGGGGAACAGCCAGAAACGGCCAAGCACAGAGAACUAAGAGGAGGACACGCAGAUCAGCUCGACGCAACCGAGGCUCUUCAGAGGAGGAGGAGGAGGAGGAGGAGGAAGAGGAGGAGGAGAUAGACACAGAGGGCUCUAGUGAGGUCAGUGACAGCGAUGUGAAUCUGAGUAGAAGGAGGUCACGGCGCAGUCGGAAAGCCCAGAUCAACUAUUGCGAGACGUCCGAGUCAGAGGGGUCGCAUAAAGCCUCAGAACGGAAAACUAACCAAGCGCCACGCCGCCGGCGAAUUUCCAGCUCCAACACGUCUGUCAUUUCUAAAGACUCCGAGCCAGAGGAUGAUUCUGAGUUGAGGAGCAGACACAGAGGCCGAAAGAGACAGUCCACGAGAGAAGACUCCAAACAGAGGCACAAAUGGCUCAAACUAAAACCAGCAAGAAGUUCGAGCGAGGAAGACGAAGAAUCGGACGAGGAACGAGACACUGGUGCGUCCGAUGAGGAAAAGAGGCCUCACCUUAAAAGCCUGAACCGCAUCGAAUCGGACGAGGAAGAAGAGGACGAGGUGGAGAAAAGACAGCUGAGAAAGAUGGAUGGAAAGCAGGAUAGCGAAGUUACAGACUGCAGGGAGCUGAGUGUGAGGGCACACACUAGAGGCUCGAAGGACUCCAUGUUGAAGCACAACGGCCUGCUUCCUCCAAGAUCUUCAGCUCGUGAUGAAGAUGAAGAUGAAGAGGAUGAGGAGGAGGAUGACCUCUCCGCCGCUACAGACUUUGUUAACUUUGUUUUUGACAGCGAACAGUUAUCGUGAUGUGCUGACAAAAUUUCAUAUAUUAUUUUCUCAUUGCCUUCUUUUUUUUUCUUUUCUUUUUUUUUUUUUUUUGUGAAUGUUUUUCAGUGUACUGGACCAAUCCAAGUUUCCAGAGGAAUUCUUAUGUGAUGUCCGAACACACUUUAGUUACAUACAUCAUGCACAUGUCAGAUGUAGAGCAGGGUCUCGGUGCACAUCCUGAUUUUUAUGAGUGGAAGGUGCAACAAUUUAAAGUUACAUUUGAUCAACUAGUCGCACUUGAUCAUAUGACAUGGCCACAUUAGACAUUUCUCUAAUGUUAGCUACCUUGUUAGUGCACCUGGGUCAUGGCUUUUAAUUCCACCAUGUAAUUAGCAAUAGACUGGUAUGUCUGAAUUUAAAGCCCUUGUUAAUGAAAUACGCUAAAAAAAAUUCCAACUGUAUGGAUACCGACUGUAGACUAAUAUAGACUCAAAACACUAAGGUUAUAUUUCACAUUUAUGUUUCUAUUUUCAAGAAGCUUCAAAACAGCAUGAAAACUGAACAUAAAGUCUUGAUCUGGUCUGGAUUUUAUUCUUGAGGAAAGAUUAAGGAUUCUAUAGUACGUCAAUAAUGGUUGUUUUUUAUUUAUAUUUUUUCCUUCGGUGAGCCGAAUCUUUUACCUCAACUAAACAAUAAGAGUCGACUCUUUAAGUUCCCAGAUGAUUCAUUAUUCAAAUCCAGAGUUUGAUAUUUUCACUCUUAAAGUUUGAUAGUUUGCGAUCUUGAUGGCUAAAACUGUUGCAUUUCUUCAGACUGCACUACACGGUUUAGAUUUUAUUUACAUAAUUAUAACUGAUGAAUACGUUUAGAACAUCUUAAAAACUACAGCAGAUGCUUCCUAUCUUGUUCUUCAUGCACACAGCUGGGAGUCAAACCCACAGGUCUUAAGAAUCUCACUAAAGGCAACUCAGUUGUUAAAAAGAGGUUAACAUUGAAGUAUUUUGAAUAAAACACACUGCCGGAGUGACAAACUAAAUGUCUCUUACAUGCGAAUCACUGAAAGCUGACUCAUUUACAAAUGACACAUUACUUUGGUUCACUUUGAUACAUCAGGGUUACUUGCAGAAAUCAGACACAUGGAAAACUACAACGCAUAAUAGUUUUCAUGCGUGUGAUCUCUACAAGUUAACCGUAUACAUCAGGGUGGACUAAAGCAAUGUGUUAUUUGUGAAUGAGCCAACUUUUGUUGAUGCACAUAUCAAUGAAUUUGGUAUUAAGCAAAUCAAUGACUAAGCCAGACUGUAUAAAUGAAAUGCAGUUUAAAUCUGUGGGAAAGCUAUCUAACUAGGAUUAGUUUGUUAUCUUGUAAAAAUGUUGUGAAGGGGUAUGCUAUAUAAUGAACAUUAUAAACAUUUUGGGUUUCCCAGACCAUGCUUUUCUGGGACAAAUAAUCAUCACCUGUAGCUUGCUCUGCCUGUAGUAAAGCAGAGUUUCUCUUAUUACCCCCCAAAGUUGAAUCUCCAAUUCAACUUUGCCAAUUUUUAAUUUCUUAAAAAAACAAAACAAAAAAAAACGGUUCAUACUUUUACCCAUUUAUAGUUUAUAGUUGAGGACCAUCCGUGCUACAAGUUAGUCCCUGUUAUCACGUACAUUUUGGCAGCUAUACAUGACCAAUUUAUUCGCUACCCUGCCUCAUAUUUUCUCUGUCUAAUAGUUUGUCAUGUUACAGAGAAAUCAAAAUGAACUGAAGACUCCCAUGGUGGAAUCCUUACUGAUUAAAUCUUUGGUUAAACAGUGUUGUAUUAAAGUGAGCAUGUGAAAAUAAACCUGUGAUUUGAAUUCCAGCCAGCAGUCCUGUUAGAACUGCUGAAAAUUAAUCACGUUUUAACCAAUUUGAUGUCCUGUGGUAAACAUAAACACCUAGAAGAUAGCACUAUAAUGGAAGCUAUUAUCAUCAAAAUAGUUAAACAUAAAUAGCUAGUGAGCUUGGUAAUAACUAUUUUAACUAUUAACAUACAUAGAUGUGUAUUAAAAUUGCAUAUUGAAUAAGUUUUUGUUACUUCAAGAAGGUAUUACAAAAUUAGCUUAAACAGCUUUUAUUGUCUUGAAACCGUAGCUUUGGUCAAUUCUUUUGUAGGGAUUGUGUUGAUUGAACACCUCAGUCAACAUGCUGGUUUGUAAUUACUAAUAAAAUCGUCUACAUAACAUUUUACUAGCAAAUUGUGGAACUACCUAAUGUCAGAUAUCAAACUACUGCUAACAAAGUAAGCAGGUAUCAAAGCUAACUACAGUAGUUAGCUAGCUAAUGUCAGCACAGUGCUUUAUUUUUAUAACUUUGGUUAAAAAUACUGUGCUUAUUAUACUGUGUAACUAAAUUUUUAAGCACUACUUUAAGCCCAAUAAAUAUUUAAAAAAAAAAAGCUAAGAGGUGAUGUCUUAUGAUCAAGUUUGCACUGAUCAACUGAUCAAAUCCAGUCCUUAUUGACUCAGGGAAAAUCAGGAUGUGUGUGUCUCGGUAAUCCAUGUACAUUAUAGCUGUUCCUCAGAAAGUAAAGCACUGUAAUUUGUAAGGCCAGUAAUAUUUUAUUUGUCUAACACAAGCUUCUUUCAGCCUGUAGACACUGUAUAUUUUCUGCUUGUAUGCUAGCACCUUUGAAAUCAGUGGUUUAGUAAUGUUUUCAGUUUUAUCCACUGUAAAGAAAAAACAAAACAACAACAAAGUUUUUUUUAUACGAGAAAGAGAUUCUGUGGGAAUCUGUUUGGAACAGUUUUGUUAAUCUUGAAUAACAAUCCUCGAUGCCAGCCUGUGUUUAAUUAAUACAUUUACUUUGUUUAAGGAGAAUCUUAACCCGACCAUUUUGAUGUAUUGAGGUGUUUCGCCAUCAGAAAAGAUACAAAAAAAAGUGCCACAAAAUAUCAGGGCACAGAGUUUAGAGGUUAAAGCAAGUUAGCAGCUUUUAUGGAAAUGACUUACAUACAGAAUCUAGCUACUUUAUGAAAGUAGUGUCUUAUUACUAUCCUAGAUCUCAUUUCUGAAAAUGUUUGUCUAUUUAAAGUUGUGUAUGUUUUGAAUUGUUCCCCAAAUUUUGUCAAAUUAUAGUGCAUCUGGAAAGGUAACCUAAGAUAGUUCAAUCUGUCCAUGCUGAUUUUUUUUUUUUUUUUUUUUGUUCUCUUUGAGUUUUUUUUUAAUACUGUAUAAAAUGUAUGUGCCUGUUGACUUGCCCCUAGGCUGAAGUAAAUUUUCUUGACUGAAUGCACUUAUCAAAGCACCUUUGAUUGUACCAGAUGGUCCAGCCCAGCACUACACAGUUUCGACUCUCGUUCAAAAGCACUUUAAACAAAGCCCUCUUCUUCCACAACACCCCUCUCACCCCAAUUCAUUCACAACUUGUGCUGUGUGCUCUACUUGGUUAUUUGAAAUACAACACUUCCAAAUCAUUCCAGGUACACACCACAUCAACCAAGUCUAGAGUCCCGGUGAAUGUGGCCUUUGUCUGCUGUAAAGUUAUUCAACUGGAAUGAGUGUUACUCAUAUUUUACUGUUCUAAUGUUCGGUCUCAGUACAUAACAAAUCCAAAACCUAAAUAAACGUGAUAAGCGUAUCUCUGUGGAAUAA